UCCUAGUGCCAGCGAACUUGUGACGCUCGUGGCUGAGUUUGUCCCUCGUCACUAAGUAUGGACCGUGAAGCCAUCAAGAUCGUAAAUUGGAAUGCUUGCUCCUUGAAGAGCAAAAACAUCGAGUUUGUUGACUUUCUCAACGAAUGGAACAUCGGGAUAGCCGUCAUCACCGAGACUCACUUGAAGCCCGAGCUGAACGUUGACCGCACCUGCUCCGGAGGAGGGGGAGUGGCCGUCGACCGCAGAGACAUCAUCAAGCUAACACGACUGCGGCAAAAUUUCAUCAUCGCUGGCGACCUGAACGCCAAGCAUCAAGCCUGGAGCAAUAGUCGGCGAAACCAUAAUGGAACAAUCUUGUACAACGAUCUACAGGAAGCCCACUACAACAUCCUGUGUCCGUACACUCCCACCUGGUUGAGUCGAUCCGGAGCUCAUGCCACCAUCGACAUCUUCAUCAGCAACAUAGACGAUAACAUCUCUCAACCUAUCGCCUAUUCAAAAACUGAUCUCGGACCACUGUCCGGUGGUGGCCGAAGUAGGUUCCUCACCCAAUAAGUUUCAAGUUUCCCGGCGAAAUUACCACCGUGUCAACUGGCAGCAGUACCAGCGCUGUGUGGACACAGCAAUUGACUACGACAUCCUACCGGAGUGGUUCGAAGAAGACGAUCGGUGUCUGCCAAUCAUCAAAGAGGCGAUAUCCCGUGCCAGGGAACAACGUACCAGCAUCCAGACAGGUGAGUCAUACUCUGAACCUUGAACCAACCAAAGAUCUUAUCAGGCUCCGUAACACCAUUCGUGGGCAGUUCCAGCGUUCUGGGCUGCCCCACUUGAAGACCAAUGUCAAUAGCCCGAGUAGCACACUUUCAUCACAAUAAGUUACAGCAACUUGUUUAUGUCUGAAAUAAGUCGUAUAUAAGUUUCUACAAUUGAUUGGUGACAAGCGUGCUACUAGGGAGGCUAACCAAAAUUUUCCAGGCCAGGAUGUUGGAACUCAGAAAUCACGAUUUUGCCAACAUGAUUCGCUCUCUCUCUCUCAGAUUGUGCAAAGCCAUUGUGGAAGAUGACCAAAAUUUUGAAAAAUAAGUCGAUACCUAUCCCUAGCGGCGCCGGUGGUGUAGUGGUAAGCGUGAUUACCUCUCAACCCAGCAGGCCUGGAUUCAAUCCCAGUUGUCGCGGCCGGGAUGUUCUGAGGCAUAUCAUCUCUGAUCACGCCUUCUCCUUCGGGAGGGAAGUAAUGCCGUUGGUCCCCGGUUCAUGAGUUGAUUGGUCGAUAGGUGUGGGAGCUGCCUCCCUGGCGUCAAGAAAAAAAAAAGACCGAUACCUCAGCUUUCCUCUGUUGACCAGAACUCGGACCCAUCCCUACUCAUAACCCCAGUCGAAAAGACCAAUACUCUUGGCCUACAUUUUGUGAUUUCACAUAAUCUUGGCCAAACCAUGGUGAGCCCCAUGACCCUGCCGUACUGGAGGCAAUGUCUAGAGUCGCAGACAACCCCGGAGUAGUGCAUGAUGAUAGUAGAAUAUCGGCUGAUGAGGUGAUAGCAGCUGUUAGAAGCACUAAAAAAAACAUGAAGGCCGUGGGUAUGGAUGGUGUAGUCAACCUCGAGUUGAAAAACUUGAGUAUUGACUUCUUCAACCAUCUUACCGCCCCCAACGAUGAAUCGGAAGCUAGUACGAGUGAUGGCGGUCAGGUCGUUCUUGAACUUGCUUGCUAAUCCGUUGAUGGUGGAACUCUACCGAGGGCAGUAAACAACGAUGAACCGGACAUUUCCAGUUGGCGAUUCCACCUCCAUACUAAGAGCUCCGAUGAUUAAAGUGUGGAUGUGAGGCAGAGUGUAGAACUUAAUUCCUUUCUUGACAACGACCGAAACACCUCCCCCCCUGGAGCUGGUGCGAUCCAGCCGGAUUAUGUUAUGGUUAGGCAACCAGAGGCUGUCGCAGUUCUUUUUUUUCUCCGUGUUGGGUAUUUU